AGUCGGGCAUCAAAACGAUAGCGCCUCCAAAGUCCAAACACAACCAGGGGUCUGCGCACAAUCCCCAGUACUUCAGCCGAAACUCUGUAGAGAAGAGCAAAGGUGAAAGUGAGAGGGAAGUUAUGGAGAAGGGAAGGAGAGUGGUAGUCUCAGCUUUGCAGUUCGCUUGCACUGAUGAAGUCUCCUCAAAUGUCGCCAACGCCGAAAGACUGGUUAGAGCUGCUCACGAAAAGGGUGCGAACAUCAUUCUUAUACAGGAGCUUUUUGAGGGGUACUACUUCUGUCAGGCACAAAGGGAGGAUUUCUUUCAGCGAGCUAAGCCCUAUAAGGGUCACCCAACAAUCCUGAGGAUGCAGAAACUUGCAAAAGAGUUGGGGGUGGUGAUACCCGUUAGCUUCUUUGAAGAGGCUAAUAAUGCUCAUUAUAAUUCAGUAGCCAUUAUUGACGCUGAUGGGACAGAUCUUGGACUUUAUAGAAAGUCCCAUAUUCCAGAUGGACCAGGCUACCAAGAAAAAUUCUAUUUUAAUCCUGGUGACACUGGCUUUAAGGUAUUCCAGACUAAGUUUGCAAGUAUUGGAAUUGCAAUCUGUUGGGAUCAGUGGUUUCCAGAGGCAGCCAGAGCUAUGGUUCUUCAGGGUGCAGAAAUAUUGUUUUAUCCUACUGCCAUUGGUUCUGAACCUCAAGAUGAAGGACUUGAUUCCCGUGAUCACUGGAAGCGGGUGAUGCAAGGGCAUGCGGGGGCAAAUUUGGUACCUCUAGUAGCUUCAAAUCGCAUAGGAAAGGAGUUAAUUGAGACAGAGCAUGGAAAAAGUGAGAUCAGAUUCUAUGGGAAUUCUUUUAUAGCAGGACCUACUGGAGAUAUUGUCACAGCUGCUGAUGAUAAAGGGGAAGCCGUUCUUGUUGCAGAAUUUGAUCUGGAUAAAAUCAAGUCCAAGAGACAUAGUUGGGGAAUAUUUCGUGACCGGCGUCCAGAUUUAUACAAGGUGCUUCUGACCUUAGAUGGCAACAAUCCUACACUGUGAUACCACCCCUGUUACUACCUUGUUAUUGAGUUUUGUAUUUGACCAUUGGAUAUGUAGCUCAACUCCUUCAGCAAAGUAAUUAAUAUCUUGAGAUAUGGAUUCAUGCGUUGAAAGACAUGGAUUCAUUGUGUCAGCUAUGUCUAUGGCUUCUGUGAAUCCAUAUCGCUCUAUGUUCAAGAAAAGUGUAGCUUUAGUAAUCUUGCAAAGAAUUGGGACAUAAUAUCUCGGCAUGUAAAUCCAUGUGGUCAAUUCAAAUCUUUCUAUGAUGUGCUCAAAGCAUCUCCAGAAGAUUUUUUUCUCUCUUAAAA